UAGCCAUCUUGUGUGCUCUACAUUACCUCCCUGUUCCAAGCCCAGCUUCUUAGCCCACUGGUUUACAGUGACAAAAAAAAUAUUAUAUUUAUUAUCUACUAUCUCUUGUAACAGACACCUUGCUGCUUGCCCAGUACUGUAACCCUAACUUAAUGCGCCUUAACCAUGAGGGCAUUUCUCCCAUUUCAACGAGCAGGGCAGGGACUGGGGAAGUUCUAAAGGCCCCACAACAAAGCCUCAAUGCCUUUGCAUGCACCACAUCUAACUUAUCCAGAACAGUUUUAGAAGCAGAUCCAUACACAAAACUCCCAUAGUCAAGAGCAGAUCUGAUCAAGGCCUGAAAAAUUACCAACAUCGUCUCCCUCUCAGCCCCCCACUCACACCCACCCAGACUUCUCAUAACAUUCAGAACUUUUCCACAUUUCAUUACAAUUUUAUCUACAUGCACAGCCCAAGUCAUACGCUCUUCAAACCAUACACCCAAACAUUUAAAAACCUUUACCUUCUCCAAUAAAGACCCAUACAUAUACAGCCCUAUAUUAGGUAACUUUCUUUUAAAACCAAAUACAACAUAUUUAGUCUUAGAUGCAGACAUUGUGAAUCCCCAUGUGUUCCCCCAUUCCUCUAUAGACAAUAAUACUCUUUGAAUCUGUUUUAAAACAAACUCUACAUUACGCCCUCUUUUCCAGAUGGCCCCCUCAUCUGCAAAUAGAGAUAACCCAAAUCCUCUCUCUAUUUACCAAAGAUAUCAUUAAUCAUUAUAUUAAAUAAAACUGGACUGAUAACACUUCCUUGCUACAGUCUUUGAACAGACACUACCAACCAUUACUUGUAUUGUUCUUUUCAUUAAAAAAUCCUUAAUCCAAUUAAACAUUCGUCCCCUUACUCCCAAGUCAAAGAUUUUAAUCAUUAAUCCCUCCUUCCACAAAGAAUCAUACGCCUUCUCAAUAUCCAGGAAUACACUCACUACUAUUUCCUUAUUGCUAAAUGCACUUUUGAUAUCCUGAUCCAAAACUAACACUGAUUCCAUUGUCGACCUUCCCUUCCUAAAGCCAUUCUGGACAUCAACAAAGAGUCCUCUAGUUUCUAUGAAGCACACUAGUCUGUUGGUUACCAUCUUCUCCAUUACUUUACAAAGCACUGCUGGGAGCGCUAUAGGGCGAUAUGAACUAGGGUCAGAUGGAUCUUUGCCUGGCUUCAAAAUAGGGACCACAACUGCAUGUUUCCAUUCCUUGGGCAAAUAACCCUCUGCCCACACCGUAUUAAACAAAGCUAAUAUUUCAUCAAGUACAAUAUCAUCCAGAUGUUUAAAAAACUCAUAAGACAACCUAUCUCUCCCCGGGGUAGUAUUUGCCCCAGACAUAAUUGCAUCCUUCAACUCUUUUAUAGUAAAAAACAGAUUUAUAGGAUUAUCGUUUUCUAAACUCCUUUCUAACUUCCACUGAUUAACUGCCAUCAGCUCAGUUCUCUUCCUACACCUCUCAGCCCCCAUUCUCUCUGAUCUAUGUACUGCUUGAAAACUAUCAACACACGUCUGCUUUUUCCUUUUUGGAAACUGCUACUGUCUCACCCUUCUGUAACACUGGUAUCAAUCUUCUUUUAUAUACCCCUGACAUUCUACGUAUUGCAGACCCCAAAUGCCUUACAGGAGUCUCAGGGCCUAGCGUACCACAAAACGUCCUCCAACUAUUCCUCUUUGCAUCUUUUCUAAUUCUUCUUGCUACUGCCCUUAGCCGCUUGUACUCCAUUACAUUAACCAACAUUGGAAACUUUCUUAAUCUUCUGUAUGCUCUAUUCCUACUCCUUACAGCUUGAUCACAUUCAUUAUUCCACCAAGGAACCAGCUUACGAGUCCUAGGUUCCUGCUUCAGAGGAAUGGUACUGCAAGCGGCCUCAUGUAUCAUGAAACUAAUGGAUGUAUUCCAACUAUCUACAGAACCCUCACUAUCAAUCUCUCCUACUACAACCUUAGAGACUCACUGUCUAAAGAUAUAGUUACUCUAGAUGGCAUUAACUUGGCCUCUAGCACCACUGUCAGGAAUCUUGGAGUUAUCUUUGAUCAGGAUUUGUCAUUUAACUCCCACAUGAAGCAGACCUCUAGGACUGCCUUCUUUCAUUUACGUAAUAUUACAAAAAUUAGACACAUACUAUCACAGACAGAUGCAGAAAAACUAAUCCAUGCAUUUGUUACUUCAAGGCUGGAUUACUGCAACUCUUUAUUAUCAGGUUGCCCCAAUAAGUCCAUUAAAACGCUCCAAUUAAUUCAGAACGCUGCAGCACAAGUACUGACAGGAACUAGAAAAAGAGAUCACAUCUCUCCUGUACUAGCUUCUCUGCAUUGGCUCCCUGUAAAAUGUAGAAUAGAAUUUAAAAUCCUCCUCCUCACCUAUAAAGCUCUUCAUGGUCAGGCCCCUUCAUAUCUUAAAGAGCUCAUGGUACCCUAUUACCCCACUAGAACACUACGUUCUCUGAAUGCUGGGCUACUUGUGGUUCCUAUAGUCUCUAAAAGUAGAACAGGAGCCAGAGCCUUCAGUUACCAAGCUCCUCUCCUGUGGAACCAGCUUCCAGUUGUGGUUCGGGAGGCAGACACCCUCACCACAUUCAAGAGUAGGCUUAAGACAUUCCUCUUUGAUAAAGCUUAUAGUUAGGGCUGGAUCAGGUGAGUCCUGAACCAUCCCUUAGUUAUGCUGCUAUAGGCCUAGACUAUCGGGGGAUUUCCCAAGGUGCACAGCAACAACAGUAUUGGCAAUGGCAGUCAAGCAGGACCAUGGCAGGAGGCUCCACCAGGAUCGAUAAGAACCUGCGAGACGAGAAAGCACAAGUACUCCGGGGAAGAAGUGAAGUUAGUAACAUGCAUUAAUGGGACAUGAAUGAGUGCAGAAAGAGAGAGGAAGAGAGUAGCUCAGUGCACCAUGGGAAAUCCCCCGAUAGUCUAGGCCUAUAGCAGCAUAACUAAGGGAUGGUUCAGGACUCACCUGAUCCAGCCCUAACUAUAAGCUUCAUCAAAGAGGAAUGUCUUAAGCCUACUCUUGAAUGUGGAGAGGGUGUCUGCCUCCCGAACCACAACUGGAAGCUGGUUCCACAGGAGAGGAGCUUGGUAACUGAAGGCUCUGGCUCCUGUUCUACUUUUAGAGACUAUAGGAACCACAAGUAGCCCAGCAUUCAGAGAACAUAGUGUUCUAGUGGGGUAAUAGGGUACUAUGAGCUCUUUAAGAUAUGAAGGGGCCUGACCAUGAAGAGCUUUAUAGGUGAGGAGGAGGAUUUUAAAUUCAAUUCUACAUUUUACAGGGAGCCAAUGCAGAGAAGCUAGUACAGGAGAGAUGUGAUCUCUUUUUCUAGUUCCUGUCAGUACUCGUGCUGCAGCGUUCUGAAUUAAUUGGAGCGUUUUAAUGGACUUAUUGGGGCAACCUGAUAAUAAAGAGUUGCAGUAAUCCAGCCUUGAAGUAACAAAUGCAUGGAUUAGUUUACAGUUACAGGAAGUGAUUGGAGGAGAGGUGCAACUGUAAACUUAAUGGGUUACAUUUCACAGUGCAGUUCAAGUCACACAAUAUUAACAAAUUCAUCUGAAAAGUCCCUAUAGUACAUACAGUUGUACAAUGGCACACUGACACACUGUGAGUUCAGGAAGUUCUUUACAUAGUAAAAUCUAUUUUGAUGGAAAGUUUAAUGAGAUCCUUGGAGGGUGAAGCAGUCUAAUAAAAACUUUCCACACUCUCACAGUUCAUUUGUUUUUGUAGAUAAACACACAUCGAGUGCAUUUCAAUAUUCGAUACCUUUGAAUGAAUAAGAUGGCCCAGUACAGAGUAAUUGUUAGUAUUAUCAUGAAAGUGACAAUUCUUUUUAAUUUUCUAUUCAGGUAUGCUAGUUAUGUAAUCUACUUGUUUUACAACUGAACAUUAAUUUUAGACACAUUAAUGGAUGAUAAACUUAAUGUAACAUAUAUAACUCUUGAUGGGCAUGUGGAAGUGGGCAAAUACAGAUAUCUUUAUUUUUUGGUUAUGCUUACAGUAUAUAUUCUAAUAAUCUGCUGUAGUUUCACCAUUGUGGGCCUUAUCUGGAGGCACAACAACCUCCAUGAGCCUAUGUACAUUUUCAUUGCAGCUUUGCUCCUGAAUUCUGUUGUUUUCAGCACUGCUAUGUACCCAAAGUUGUUAAUUGACUUUUUAUCUGAAAAACAGAUGAUAUCAUAUUCAGCCUGUCUCUUUCAAUUUUUCUUAUAUUACUCCUUAAGUGGUUCAGAGUUCUUACUGUUGGCAGCCAUGUCCUAUGACAGGUAUGUGUCUAUAUGUAAACCUCUGCAAUAUCCAACUAUCAUGACAAAAACUACAGUGAGUAUUUUCCUGGCUUUAGCUUGGCUUGUGCCUGCUUGUCAGACUGCAGUUCCAGUAGUACUGAGUGCUCAUAUGAAACUCUGUAAUUUAAGUCUAAAAGGAAUUUUUUGUAACAAUUCAAUUUACAGUCUCCACUGUGUGACUUCAAAAGCAAUAUCUAUAUUUGGUGUUAUUGCUUUGCUAAACAUUGGGCUUUUCCCUUUGCUCUUCAUACUUUUUACAUACACCAGGAUAUUUGUAAUAUGUUAUCGAAGUUGUAGAAAUGUCAGAAAAAAAGCUGCACAGACCUGUUUACCCCACCUGUUGGUUUUAAUCAGCUUUUCCUGUUUGUGUGCAUAUGAUAUCAUUAUAGUUCGACUGGGAUCCGAUUUUCCAAAAAUAGUACGUUUAAUAAUGACUUUACAAGCUGUUUUGUAUCAUCCUCUCUUCAAUCCAAUUAUAUAUGGACUAAAAAUGAAAGAAAUCUCUAAACAUCUGAAGAGGUUGUUCUGUCAAACCAAUGCAAUCUUGUGUAUUAAAAGUGAUAUUAGAGUAAUAGUGACGUUAGUGAUGCUAAUAUACCGUCAUUUAUUUUGUAAUAAAUCAGAGAUGUGAA